CGAUGCUGCCCUCCCAACAAGCGCUGCCGUGAUUUGGCAGCCGCCCGGACUCUGAACCUGCCCCUCCGCCCUGCAUUGGCUGGAGGAGGCCGGUGCCGGCCGGGGAGCGGUGAUACCGGCCCCGCCUGAGCCACCGGCAGCAUCGGGAGCUGCUUUGGCCGCGGAGAUGAAGCUCCUCUGGCUGGGCGUGGAUGUCUCCCGGGUGCUGCACUUAGCUGCUGUCUUCUGCCUGACCUGCGUGCUGCUGAAAGCCAUCCAGCUCUACCACCGGCGACGGGAGCUGCUCCGAGCUCUGGCCGACUUCCCCGGCCACCCCACGCACUGGCUCUUCGGACACGUCCACGAGUUUCUCAAAGAGGAAGAGGUACUGGACAAGGUGGAGAUCUGGGCUCAGAAGUACCAAAUUGCUCACCCUCUCUGGUUUGGGAGUUUCUCAGCAUUCCUGGUUAUCACUGAUCCUGACUAUGCCAAGACUGUGCUGACCAGAGGAGAUCCUAAGGAUAAUAUCAGCUAUAAACACCUUGUCCCAUGGAUUGGGAGAGGAUUGCUGAUCUUACAUGGGCCAAAAUGGCACCAACAUCGAAAACUCCUGACUCCAGGGUUUCAUUAUGAUGUCUUGAAACCAUACGUGGCCCUGAUGGCAGAGUCCAUCAACGUGAUGCUGGAUAAAUGGGAAGAGCUGACCAAAGAUGGGAAACCAGUGGAGCUCUUUGAGCAUGUCAGCUUGAUGACUCUUGAUAACAUCAUGAAAUGUGCCUUCAGUUGUCACAGCAACUGCCAGACCGACAGGAACAACACCUACAUCCAGGCUGUCUAUGAGCUAUGCCACAUGGUGCACCAGCGACUCCGCAUCUUCCCCUACCAUAAUGACAUCAUUUACUGGCUCAGCCCCCAUGGAUAUCGGUUCAGGAAGGUCUGCCAGCUUGCUCAUGACCACACAGACAAGGUGAUCCGUGAGCGAAAGGAAUCCCUUAAAGAUGAACGAGAAUUUGAAAAGAUCCAGAAGAAAAGACAUUUGGACUUCCUGGACAUUCUGCUGUGUGCCAAAGAUGAGAAUGGAGCUGGACUGUCUGAUGAGGACCUGCGUGCUGAGGUGGACACAUUCAUGUUUGAGGGCCAUGAUACAACAGCCAGUGGGAUCUCCUGGCUCUUCUACUGCCUGGCCUCACACCCUGAGCACCAGGCACGGUGCCGGGAGGAGAUCCAGGGGAUCCUGGGGAACCGGGAGACAAUUCAGUGGGAGGACCUGGGCAAGAUGUCAUACAGCACCAUGUGCAUCAGGGAGAGCCUUCGCCUUUACCCACCCGUGCCUGGUGUGUCCCGGCAGCUCAGCAAAGCCAUCACCUUCCCUGAUGGACGCACGUUGCCAGAAGGCAGCGUCGCUGCAGUAAGCAUUUAUCUCAUUCACAGAAACCCUGCAGUAUGGAAAGACCCUUUGGUGUUUGACCCUUUGCGGUUUUCCCCAGAGAACGUGUCUGGCAGACAUUCUCAUGCCUUUCUGCCUUUUUCUGCUGGAACAAGGAACUGCAUCGGGCAGCAGUUUGCCAUGAACGAGAUGAAGGUGGCACUGGCCUUGACCCUGCUCCGCUUCGAGCUCUCUCCUGACCCUGCCAAACCUCCCUCCAAAAUACCUCGGAUCAUCCUUCGCUCCAAAAAUGGGAUUCACCUGUACCUAAAGAAAAUCCACUGAUGCUGGAAAGUGUUUUGCCUUAGCUGGAGGUAGCAACCCAGCUGAUAACAGGACAGCGUUUCUCUGGGACAGAAGGUGCAGGUCAGAAUUUGGAGAUGAGGAUUCCUGGUUUCUGUGCUUCUUCCACAGGCUGAAAGCACUGUUCAGCCUAGGUAGAUUUGUCACCAUCUGCUCGUGGAGUCUUGAUCUUGGAGCACCCAGGCAUGACCAUGCCCCUUUGCUGGCUGUCCCCUUGCCCUGCCCUAAAGGCUGGCCUGGCUUGGGAAGGUCUGCAGGUCCCAGUAACCAAAUCCUUACCUCCUUACCAAAUCCUGCCUUGACACUCACAUUCUGGCCAAAUCUGUGACCAUUUUCAGCCCUGCUCCACUAUCAGCACCUUCCUCAGUGCCUAGAGGUCUGCCCUCUCUCCUGCAGUGGUCACAGCCCAGGGCAGACCUCUGUCUCACACUCAGUGUGUCUCUGUCUUGUUAAAGCACUGAUUUCAGUUUGGACUCUGAAGUUUUGCCUAAACUGAAAGAUAAUUCUGUAACUUUUGUGUUAAUAAAUAAAAAAUUAUUC